AUGCGGAGGUCUGAGAGUGAUAUAUCAGCAGAACUCUUGCUUCGUUUAGAUCGGUUGGAGAGUCUUGUCCAGAAGCAGACUGCAGUGAUCACUACGCUAUCCGAUCGCGUGUUAUCGGAUUAUUCCAAUCGGGAUACGGUGAAUUUUUCGCUUGCUAGUCCUUCCGUGGUAUUCUCACAGACACGAAGACAAAGCCUUCAAUCUAUACCCGGUUCUCUUCACGCCGAUGGCCCUGUGUUGAUGACCCCCGGUAUCGGGCAAGCAUACAUGGAAAACGAUCCAAUUCUUAUUCCAUUAGGUCACCAAACACCAACUGGAAAUCUUUUAGGACUUGAUCCAAUUAGAAAACUUAUUGGUCACUAUUCGCAAGAUUUCUUUUUGUUGCUCGAGUCUGAGCGCAAGAUACCCUUUCUCACACCGCGAACUGCAAUGUCUACGAUUAUUGAGCGGCUGAAUCUAGAUAUACCCGCAACGAAUUUGAUUAUUUCAAAUUUCUUUACGCAUGUACACUCUCAGUUUCCUAUUCUGGAAAAGGAGCCAUUUUUACAGUUGCUCGAGCAGUUCUUAGCUAAUGACCAGAUCGGUGAGAUUGGUGCUGCCCUAUGUCUCACAGUGUUAGCACUGGGGGAGACGUUCUCAAGACAUAACGAUUUGUUUGAUAUGGAAUCAUCUUUGACCGGAAUCGGCGCAGAAUAUUUUGCCCAUGCAUAUCAAAUUUUGAUGGCCGGGCAAACCACACUCUUUUCAAGAGAUCAGACUGUCCCGCUGACAUUCUUCUAUGCGUCCUUAUACUUUCGAUACAGCGGAAGACCACUUCAAGCAUGGCGAUUGAUACAUACAGCCUCUACCGUUGUCCAACUGACUUACUCAUAUCUGAAUGAGAAGAGUGUUCCCUCGAAUAAGCAUGCGUUACUGAACCGAAUUGCUUGGGGCUGUUAUGUUCUUGAAUGCGACGAUCUCGCGGAGUUUCACUUCCCUCGCAGUGGAAUCGAAGUUCUUGUCGAUAGAUUAUCAUUCCCCGAAUUUACAGAUCCAAAUGAGCGAAAUAACCUCAUGUUUCUCGCCAUGUGCUCUAUCCGGAAACUUUUAAAUCGCAUCCAUAACACAAUGUACUCCGCCGAGACACUCAAUCCAGACAAAUCAUCCUACCGAGGAAACUUCACCAAUGGGUCUCGACUAAGCUACGAGCCUUCAAUCGCAUCGCUUGAGGGAGUCAAUAUCGAGCUAAGUCGGCAACUCCAAGCGUGGUUCGACUCUCUGCCCGAAUCCAUCAAGCCAGAUCUCCAAAGCCCGACUUCGCGAGAUCUUCAAGACACUCAACUACGUACAAGAUAUCAUGCGGCAAAACAUAUCAUUUCUCGUCCAUGUCUUGUCUUCGCGGCAGUUUCUCGUAAAGAUCAUUUAUCGGAAUAUGUCAAGGCAAAUUGCGAGACCUGUGUAGACAGUUGUCGAAAGCUGCUACACGCAUCAGUCCCACUUCUUGGGCGAAGAACACAUUCAACUUGGCUGAGACUACAGGCCCUUCUGGCUGCUGUCUUCGUGGUUUCAAUGGCAAAAACAACACCAUCACUCACCUCACUCGUGCCGGAUUUUGACGAGCUAAUUGGCAUGGUUAUAGAAAUGACAGAGCCCUGGGCACGUCAUCAUGAAGCUGCAGACGCUACAUUGAGCAUUUUUAAGACCAUUCGGCAGAAGCUGCGGCUCUCUGUGGCAACUUUAUUAUAA